AUGCACUCGGUGUUUAUAAUUGCACUUAUUUGUGUUUUUCACGUGAAUGUUAACUUAAGCAAAGCUGCGUUCACAAAUGUGGCAUAUUCAAAACCAGUGACUUUAAGUUCUGUUUAUUCCGGUCAUCAUGGUUAUUUUCCGGGACCUAACGCUGUAAACGGACUCCUGUCUGACUUUGUCCAUACGUCUACUGAGAAAUCACCUUGGCUCAGGAUAGAUCUAGAGGCAAAUUUUCAAAUCCAUGAAAUAGAAAUGUUUGCCAGAUCUGGCUGUUGUGGUGAUCAGCUUCACGAUGUUGAAUUUACAGUUGGAGAGAACAUUCAUGACAUGCAUUUCUGCGGACAUUUUACUGGGCACGCUUCAACCGGUCAGCGGAUUACAGUGUUUUGUCCCCAUAACACCGUGGGACGUUAUGUACAAUUACAGACCGUCAACGGAAAUUCGAACGUCUUGACUCCUGCAGAAGUUUUUGUCUGGGGUGUUCGUGAAAUACAUUAAAGUA